CUGGUCUUCCUCGGGGUCAUCGUCGUCGUCCAGUCCACCUUCUUGUUUCUUCUUCUCCUCUUCGCCUUUCCUCCUCCGCCCGGCCCGGAGAGUGCUGGAUCAGAGGCUCCGAGGAAUCGCGCCGUUCGUGAAGCUGAUGUCACCAUCAUACUGAAGAUGUAUUGACAAAGAAGACAUAAGUGAUUCCAGUUAAUCGUGGGGUACAACUUCUCUUUGCAUUCCAACAAAUAGAUCACCUCAACAAGGUUGGAAAAUAUGUCAAUGCAGGCAUCUAACCGGUCAUACAGAUAUCCAGACAAUUCUCAAAUACCAUACUACAACAGUUCAAUGCACGUGGGGAGAAAUAGUACUUGCUAUGUGCAGCAAAAUCAUGUGGAUCUUCACUACAGGUCCUCUGAUGGUGGUUCGCAGAACAGCAAUUCCAAGGUCGAGAUGUUUCAACAACGGUACUGCACUCUGGAUUCUUCGUCAGCCAAUUGUGUUUAUCCUGUCCAUACCUCUACAUCUCCUCAGUGCCUAAGUAGGAGCCACAUUUCUCAGCAUGAUAGACACUCGGACCACUCACAUGAUUCCCCUGCAAGUGCUUCGUGCAUUACUGAGGUUCCAAGUUUGAAAUUUACAACACUUCAGGAGCUAGAAAAUGCAAUGUAUGGAUCCGAGUCAGACAUAGUUAGCUCCGAAAGCUCCCUAAUUGGCACCGCAUUAGACCAAAGUAACUGGAGAGAUCUUCUGGGAGUUAAUUCUGGAGACUUGAAGCAGGUAAUUGUAGCAUGUGGUAAGGCUGUUGAUGAGAAUCAUUGUCGUAAGGACUUACUGAUAUCAGAGUUAGAGAAGAUGGUUUCCGUCUCUGGAGAACCAAUGCAACGACUGGGAGCUUAUAUGUUGGAAGGCCUUGUUGCCAGGCGGUUGUCCACUGGACAUACCUUGUAUAAAUCUCUGAAGUGUAAGGAACCUCAACCUACGAAUUCAGAGCUUAUGUCCUACAUGCGCCUUCUCUAUGAUAUCUGUCCAUUCUUGAAAUUUGGUUACAUGUCUGCCAAUGGUGCUAUAGCCGAGGCUGUUAAGGGUGAGAACUUUAUUCACAUCAUCGAUUUCCAAAUCGCUCAAGGGAGCCAGUGGGAAACUAUGAUACAGGCCUUUGCUAUGAGGCCUGAUGGACCACCAUGCCUAAAAAUUACUGGUAUAGAUGACUCAGAUUCGGCUUAUGCCCGGGGGGGAGGACUGGAUAUAGUUGGACGGAGGUUAUGCAGCAUUGCUCAGUCAUGUCGUCUGCCCUUCGAGUUCAAUGCCGUACACGCAGCUAGUCAUGAGGUCACACUUGAACAUCUUGGUAUAAGAUACGGGGAGGCUAUUGCUGUCAACUUUGCUUAUCAGCUGCAUCAUACUCCUGAUGAGAGUGUCUGCACAGAAAACCACCGGGAUAGGAUAUUGAGAAUGGUUAAAAGCCUUUCUCCUAGGGUAGUUACUCUUGUAGAGCAGGAGGCAAACACAAACACUGCCCCAUUCUUCAGUAGAUACAUGGAGACCCUUGACUACUACAUAGCCAUGUUCGAGGCAAUAGAUGUUGCUUGCCAGAGGGAUGACAAGAAGCGGAUGAGCACUGAGCAGCACUGUGUUGCAAGAGAUAUUGUCAAUAUAGUUGCAUGUGAAGGUGCAGAAAGAGUGGAGAGGCAUGAGCCUUUUGGAAAGUGGCGGUCCAGGCUUGCAAUGGCUGGGUAUAGACCAUACCCACUAAGUGCAUUGGUGAACAAUACUAUCAGAGAUUUGUUAAGUGACAAUUACCACAUUAACUACAAUCUAGAGGAGAAAGAUGGUGUUCUUUAUCUUGGAUGGAAGAACAGAAAGCUGGUCGUAUCUUCUGCGUGGCGGUGACAUUUCUGAUCUAGGACGAAGCUUGUUAAGGUUCUUCCAUGACAUUGUGUUGGGCACGCAAAUCCAAGGUGAAACAUAAUCAGCAAGCAAAUGUGAGGUCCAGAAUCCGAAGGAGUGUUUGUUUGUGCCGACCUGUCAACCCUCCCAUGCUUCAUCCCCCUUCAGAUAGCAGAAAUACUCGUUGCGAAUCCAUCAAUCGUACAU